GACUGAUUCGGUUGUUUCUUACCUAAGAAAAAACCAAAUAGACUCCAGUGCCUGUCCGGCUUUGUGCGGAGAUCUACGGAGAUCUAUACACUGUUUGAAGUCUCCUGUUGUAAUUCGUUAAAGUUUAUUGCAUUUCCAUUGCAGGAUCGACAAUAGAAAAAUUGUGUUUUACGUAAUGAUUUAGUUCUCUUUGUCCCAAGUGUAGAAAAAUGGCGUUGUUACAGUCUUCCCCAUUCAAAAAGCUUUUCUUUCAAACACAAUUUUUGAGUGCAAAAAUGGUUUUUAAACAGCAAAAUUGUAGCUAAUAGAUCGAUAAAGAAGGUAAAUCCAGGACUUAUUAUCGGUAAACUUAUUUGAAAAUGUACAUCAACAAAGUGCUAGGUAGAUUAUUUUAAAAGACACUUUUCAGGUGUUUUAGCUUUUUUGCUUCCGUGGCACUUUCCAUCUUGGCUCACAAUACUUUUUCGUUAGUACCGCAUUAGCGUGGCAGUUAACGUUCCACUAGAAGACUGACAUAAGGGAAUUUUGAAGUAGUCCAUUCAAGUUGUAUCCUUUUCCCUCUUUCCCUCAUCCCUCUAACUUUUCUAAGUAAUCGCAGUUAAAAGUCGUGUUUAGUAUUAGCUCAUAGUUUUUCAUCGUUGCGUGAUCGAAGAGGUUGAUUAUUUGUGCCAGGAUGGGCUCUAGAAGCAUCCUGGAACGUGGCGCAAUGAGAAAAAAUGCGUUGAUCAAACUAAACUUUGUUACUUUUAUCAUCUUUGUAACUGCGUGCCUCCUCUUGUUAAUGUAUCAUCAAAACGUCGACAAGAAAUCAAAUGUUUUUACUUAUCCCAGUCGUGUGUUUCACACCGACGAUUCUCAGGAUUUAAAAGAGGAUCGUUACGAUUACGGUGAUCUGACACCAGUUGUAAAUUCAUCAGAAAAACCGCCACUGAAAAUAAUUUUACUGUGGAACGCAAUGACUCCCGAGCUGUCCAACAAUCCGUUCAUCACGUUCAACUGUCCCGUCACUUCCUGCCUCUUCACGGCCGACAUGUCGCUCCUCCGGCAAAGUGAAGUCGUCCUCCUCCGCAUCGACACGUUGGAAGACAUGCCGUUGAACCGCCAACCGCAUCAGCGUUUCGUUUUCCUUCACAUCGAAUCGCCAAUCAGCACCAAAUUGUCCAUCAUGGACAACCCCCGUUUUAGGUACAACUAUUUCAACUGGACGAUGACCUACAGGCGUGACUCGGACGUCUUUCUCCGGGAUUAUUACGGAUCUGUCGUUAACAAGACGAAAAUUGAAAACGAAUCUGACGAGGAUGCGGAACUGGCCGCAAUUAUCCGAGGGAAAAGCAAAUUGGUUACUUGGUUCGUGAGCCACUGUUCCACUCAAAUCCGGAGAGAAGAGUACGCCCGCCAGCUGGGCCAGUAUGUCCCCGUCGACAUAUUUGGCAACUGCUCGAGUGAAUGCCCGUACGAUUGCUAUGCCAUGUUGCGCGCCGAAUACAAGUUCUACCUGGCCUUCGAAAAUUCUUGGUGUCCCGAUUACGUCACGGAGAAAUUCACCCGGCCCUUGUUUCACGACGCCGUCCCGAUCGUCCUCGGCGGCGCCGAUUACAGUCAUUUCGGGCCGCCUCAUUCUUACAUCAACGCCAGAGAUUUCGCAUCUCCCAAAGCCUUGGCCGAUUAUCUAAUCUUGUUGAACAAUUCCGACACGCUGUACGCCAGUUAUUUUGACUGGAAAAAAGAUUUCCGAGUCGUCAAGACUGACAUGUCGGGUUGGUGUGACUUGUGCCAAUUGGCUCACAACGAGAGUCUACCGUCCAAAGUUUAUCCGGAUAUUAAACGGUGGUGGAUGUUGGACGAAUCGGAAUGCGAGUAUAAUUCAACCAAAUAUUUUUGAAGAAUUUGUUGUUGAUAUUUGUAAAGGGAGCGUGUUGGAAACUUUUUUGUAAUCAUUAAAUACAUUUCGUUUCAGAAAAA